UAGACAUAAGUGCUUCUAGUAUUUGAAGAACUAAAAACAUCAUAUCAUUCUCACGCCGAGAGUCAAGGCGUACAUAACAUUUAGAACGAUACAAUAAAAUUGAGUACAAAAUAAUUACACAAGAAAAUUUUUGAAAUUUUUUCUACUUUUUCUUGUACUUUCGUUUUGUGAAGGGGCAUCCCCAUAAAUUCCUAUUCAAAAAUGGAGCAAACGCGCACUAGGCCCGCCAUGCGUGUUAAAUCUACAGUUCCUUAUGUGAAGCCGGAAAAGAAAGAGGCUGUUUUCACCGACGAUGAAAGGAACACGAUUACCGAGCUGAAGAAGCUCUACUUGGAGACUAUUAAUUUGGAUGUGGCCCUCCAACGUGAUAUCUACAAUAUGGAGAAGAACUAUGAGGAGCGCCACAAUGCCAUAUUUGAGAAACGCAAGAAGAUCCUAGAGGAAUUCCGGAAGCAAAGCCAUGGCGAUUCUACGCCAAAUGAGAAUGUCAGUAAUUUUUGGCUCAAGGUGCUUAAAGCCUCCUACACGGAGUUUAUCAGCAAGAAGGAUGAGAAGAUUUUGUCACACUUGAUUGAUGUACGUUCCCGGCUCUAUAAUGACCCGGAAGUUAAGUUCGAUAUCGAGUUUCACUUCGAUAAGAAUGAAUACUUCACUAAUAGUGUACUAAAAAAGACGUAUUUCCUAAACUGUCUGCCGGAUCCAAAAGAUCCACUUUCGUAUGAUGGGGCAGAGAUCUACAAGUGCGAAGGUUGCACCAUCGAUUGGAAGACUCCAAAGAACUGCGAGAAUAGUAGCGACUCGGGUGCCCCUUCUUUCUUCAACUUCUUUUCUCCUCCCUCUGUGCCGGGGGAUCCCGAGGAUGAUCAGUUCUGCGACAUCAAUGCAAUACUUCAAAAUGACUUCGAGCUGGGCUUCUAUCUAAAGGAGCGUGUGAUCCCCAAGGCAGUGAUCUUCUUUACCGGCGAGAUCGCUGACUGCCAGAGCUCCUCCGAAUCGGAAACUGAAAAUACCGAUGACGAUUCAGACGCCGAGGAGGAAGACGAAUCCUCCAACGGCACCGACAAGUGAAACCCCAAUUUCUAAAUAUGUUUACACCUUUUACACUUUUCACAAUUAUUUCGCACACAAAAGUACCUCACCAUUAAUUGGUUUGUCCUUACAUGAUUUGCAUAGCUGCCAAAUAAACAUUUCAUUUUACGUA